AUGGGAAUGCCACAUUACAAGAGAGACCGCAAUUUUUGCGCGCAGUAUCAGAUCGGAGAUUGCUUAAGCGACAUUCUGUUGCUCAUUCUAGCAUACAGUGAUAGCACAUAUCUAUGUUUGCGGUCCAAAGGACUUCACCUAUUCAAAGCGCUAGAAGGUCCGUUGCAAGAAAAUGUCAAUGCGAUCGGCAGCAGUAGCAACGAAGAUGGCACCAACAACGGCAUCAACGGUAGUGACGACAGCGACGACGACCCGAAGAUUGUGACUCUGUCAUCUCUAGCCAAAGCUUUACCAACGCCUUCGUCUCCGACCGAAGAUCCGGUGAUAGUGACAACGGUGAGUGAGCAAUUUCGGAUGUCUUGUUGUGCAAAUGAGGUGGGAUUAUCUUUAGAAAACUAUAAAAUGCUUGCUCAAUCAAAACUAAAUCUCAUAAUUUUUCAGUGUAUCGUAAUAACCGCUUUUUAUGGUGUCAUGUGUUGCUCACAUAAUAAAUUAGUGGAUCGUCAAGAUGUGUAUAGCCAGUAA